AUGUCCGCCAUCUGCGCAUUGAUCUUUGCUUAUGCAGGCACCCCGGCCUUUUUCAGCAUUGCUGCAGAGAUGAGGGAUCCUAGGCAUUAUACGAGAUCUUUGAUUCUGUGCCAGACAGUCAUUAGUGCCUGUUAUAUCGCGAUCGGCUGUGUGGUAUACUAUUUCUGUGGCUCGUAUGUUGCUUCGCCAGCGCUUGGAUCUGCAGGUGUCUUGAUCAAGAGAGUCAGCUACGGAAUUGCACUUCCUGGACUAAUAGUCACAACUAUGUUGACUUGUCAUCUAGCAAGCAAGCAUGUCUUUGUACGUGUCUUGCGAGGCUCCAAGCAUCUCGCGGCCAAUACCUUUACCCACUGGGCAUCUUGGAUAGGAUGUACCUUCGGUAUUACAGUCGUUGUAUAUUUGAUAGCUAGCGGUAUCCCCAUAUUUGGUGGGCUUGUUUCCCUUAUCGGAGCGUUGCUUGCCACGUCACUCUCAUUCCAGCCUAUGGGAUGCAUGUGGCUCCACGAUAACUGGAAGCGAGGGAAGCAAGAUCGUUCGAUCUCUUGGUCGGUCGGAGUGCUCUGGAGCGUCACUAUCAUCGUCUUGGGGACCUUCCUGACCAUUGCUGGGACAUAUGCUUCCGUGGUCGACAUUAUAGCCUCAUACAAAGUGUCUGGAGGUUCAGCGGCCUGGUCGUGUGCUGACAACUCGGGCUCUUCCUAG